AUGGAUAUUCACGAAGGGAAAAGAGAGUAUGUGAACUGCACAAUAUGUGGUAAAAAAUAUGCUUCAAAAAGUUCUUUAUAUAGUCAUAUGCUGACACAUGAUCAGUCAAUGUCUGUAAAAUGCAAACAUUGUGACAAAUCAUUUCCAUCUCAAUCUUAUGUACGUAGGCAUAUAAAACGUGUACAUAUAGAGUUUUCUGAAAAUCCCAAAAUUUUCCAGUGUGAUUUGUGUCAAAAGAACUUUAAAUGUCUGAAAAGUUUCAAAUAUCAUGUUCUAUCUCAUACUGGAGAGAAGCCAUAUGGAUGUACAGAUUGUGAAAAGCGAUUUAGAUCAAAGGGAACUUUAGAUCUUCACAAGAAAACACAUACUGGUAUUAAAGACCAUGUUUGUACUUUUUGUGGAGAUUCAUUUUUAAAAACUAAACAAACCUUUAACAUACAUAUGAAAAGACAUCGUUCUUCCACGAAGCAUAUCUGUAAGAUGUGCGGUGUGUCAUAUAAAGACGUUGCAAACCUUAGGCAACAUGUCAACAUUCACAAGGGUGUCUUCCCUUAUAAGUGUAGGAGCUGCGACAAAGCCUUCCCUUCUGCCAAGAAGAGAUUAAUACACACAGUCAGUGUGCAUCAGCCAGCCAGAUUUAAUUGUGAUCUGUGUAAGAGAGAUUUUAAGGUUUCGAGGAACUUCAAAAAUCACAUGCGUCUUCAUGAAAAUCUGAAACCCUUUUCGUGCACCCAGUGUACCGCACGUAAAAGUUAUACAAGUCAUCAAAAUCUGAAAAACCACUUGCGUUUACACAGUGGGCUAAAACUUUUCACUUGUUCAGACUGUGGUCAAAAUUUUAAUUGGGAAUCUGGAUUACUGCGGCAUAGGCGAAACAAUUGUGGUAUUCGUUUUCAGAGAAAGUUGGCAACUUUCAAAUGUGGUAAAUGUGAUCAACGCUUUCCAACUAAAAACAUCUGCCUUUCUCAUAUGAAAAGGAGACAUCAAUUAUGUAGAUAUUCUUGUACAGUUUGUAAACGGUCAUUUAGAUGUAAGAGAAAAUUGAAGAAUCAUCUGAAGACGCACAGUGAUUGUACGACUGUCACUAAUACUAGUGACAGAGAAAUGCUUCAGACAGAAAACACUUGUACAACAACCAAAAGUUUCAUAACAGAACAGGGUGUAUGUAGGAUAUCACAAACGGGUUCCAAUACAACUGCUAUGGAAUUAUUUGAGGCCAUGCAAGGAAAUGAAGAAUGGACUGCAGAUGAAUUUGAAUUAGAAUAUAAUUAA